AUGUCCAAUAAAAGAAGGAGCGGGGCUGCCCGCAGGGCGAAACGGGCCUCAGUGUGUUCAGGAGGAGGCAGUGGUGAGGAACCCAGCACCGUUCGAGACGUCUCAACACAGCAAGGAACCACGCAAUGUGAGGAUGAUGAGGCCGUAGCAUUCGAUCUAGUGGAUGAGCAGGCAAAAUGCGUGGAAAAAGAGGCAUCUCAGCUUGAAGAGCAUCAGCGUACUGAGCAGGGGGCUCACGAAGCAGGGGGUGUCCCGGGAGACGAAGCGAACAUUGCUCAGGCGACCAGCGAUGAGACUCAUGGCAACAGAGUGGAGGUAAAGGGCAAGACUGCGGAUGAGACACGUGCUGAGGAAGGAAAUGGUGCAGCGGACAACUUCGAAGCAAAGGAGGCACAUGCACAGGAGCUGCGAGAGCAGCAGCAAGAGGACGACAGUGGGGAGGAGGCGCAUCUAGUUUUGCAGAAGGGCGCAGAAGGUGAGCUGGACAGAGACCAAGGAAAAAUGCAUGCAGAACGCAAGACUCAGGGGCAAAAGGGGAAACAGGUAGGCGUGCCACAUGAACAAGUGACCCGAGAGGAGGAUGACGAGCAGGAAAAAGGGUCCAUCGAUGAACACGCGCCACAGGAGCCUGAAGUCAUCCAAAAGGAAGGGAAAGAUGGGGGAAAAGAAAACGAAAACGGGGAUUUGCAAACUGCGGUGCAGCAGCAGGAGGAAGACGACGAGAAACAGGAAGACACAGCACUCCCGCUUGAAGCAUCAGCAAAUCAGGGAAACGAAGCAGAACAGGCGGAAGGAGAGGAGGCAACAGUGGCAGAGGAGAGGCAAGAAGAAGAUCAGCUGGAAACCACUGGAUCGAUCGCUGAAUGGACAGGCAGCGAGGCCGAAUUAAGUGUGGCAGCUUCUGCGGAUUCAACGGGUCUUUGCUGUACCAGGAAUGUUGCAGGGGAAAUGUGCGAAAAGCUUUUCAUUAGGAAUGAUGGGCCAUACGGGCCCCUUGCCAGAAACAGGGUCUUUAGGGAGGCGCAGGGCCUGGUGUUCGACCGCAUUCCUAGUGCGAUGGCAGGCUAUGUCGAGGAGGCACAGCAAAGCAGCGUCGCUGAAGCGUGUCUUACUUGUAGCGACGACGUCUGUGAGGGGUGUAAGCUUCUGGAAGCCUACGCGUUUCUGUCUAUUUCAAUAGACUCUGUGAAGCUUGGUGAAGAUGUCAGUGCAUUCCUCAGGGUGGUAUGGACGCAGAGAAAGGCCUGUGGUGCUUGGUGUGAUUCAUAG